CUUCAUUUCAUCUUUAGUUCUAUAUUUCAUUUAAGUCUUUACUAAAACAACAUAUACUAUCCUAUUUUCCAACAUUUAUUCUUUUUUGUUGUCCUCAAUUCGUUCUUUUGAAUCUUUUAUAUAUUAUUUUUUAAUCUAAUAUUAAAAAGAAAAUAGACAUGUCUUUAAUCAUGUCUUGAUCCAUUCUUGGUUGUCAUAUGAUGGUGAUGGCCAUGGAUUGGCUUGAUUUUGGUUCAUGUGAAUUCAGCCUUUUCUGUAUUUCCUUCCCAUGCAUGAUCAUCACUUUCUCGUUCUUUGUUUAAAUUUUGUUGUCUUUUUCAAUCCUGGAUCUUGCUCGAAAUUCAAGUUCCUUUUGUCUCUACUUGCAGAUUCCACAGCAAGAUUGUGAUAUCCAAGUGACCUUUUUGAUGUCUUCUCAACUCUAGAUGCCUGUAAUUCCCAAGGUUGUAGUGAAUAUAAGACUCGGUAUGUGCUAAACCCGUCGUUAAAUUCUCCUAUUCAAUGAGGUUGGUUAUGAGAAGGAUGUAAAAUUUUGUGAAUUAUAAAUGGACUUGUCCUCUACCCGUAAGCUUUCGAGGUUAUUCGGCUGCUUUUUCACUCCUUUAACAUGCAAAUGUUGCCUUGCUUUGGUCACUAUUGCUCUGUUUUUUAGAGCUAUCUUUCUUCAUUCAUUUUCUGGCUACGGUGUGAUCAAAUCGAAUAACCUACGCUUGAUUCUAAGCCCCUCUGUACACUUGGAAUCUCAUGAAGGGAUUCGUGGAGAUAAGUUCUUGGAAGUUCCUCAAAUUGUGUGGGGACUAAACAAUCAGAAGAUAGCAUUUGCAAGAGCUUGUCUAACAGCUAGAAUGUUGAACCGAACUCUUUUGAUGCCUAGCUUAAGUGGUUCACUUUUCUACAAGGAAAUUGACCUCUUGCACCCUAUUUCCUUUGAUCAAGUCUUCCAAUAUGAAAGGUUUAAUUCACUUUGUAACCGGUUUGUACGGUUGGGUCGUUACUCGGACCUUGGGAAUCAAACAGGAAAAUAUGAUCUCCGAAAGGGAAGUGGAAGAAAGUGGACAGUUGAGAGAGACCUGGAGCAGCUGAAGCAAAGCAGCCGAGGUCCUAUUGAUAAGUACCAAGUGAUUAGUAUAGCUGGAAAGAAUCCGUUUCUUUGGCAUGAUCAUUGGCCCGUUAAGGACUAUGCAAGGGUCUUUGAGUGCCUUGUGUUGGUUGAUGAGAUUGCUAAAGAAGCAGAUAAAGUUGUGUCCAAGAUUAGGCGGAUUGGAAGAAAGCUUAGGAGCAAAACCAAUUUCGGAGCAGAGGGUUCUUCACUGUCACAUGCUCCUUAUGUAGCCAUCCAUAUGAGGGUAGAAAUAGACUGGAUGAUUCAUUGUAAGAAGUUGGAGCAACGGUCAAGGAUAAGCCAAAUUUGUAGUAGCAAGCAAGAGAUUAUGGAACGAGUGGGAAAUAUUGUGGGCUUAGAAUCUACGGCCAUUGUUUAUCUCGCGGUUGCCGAUAGCCUCCUUAAUGAUUCUUCAAUAUUGGAUAGUUGGAAAGGAGGGUUGGUUCCUUUCGAGAAGAAGAAAUUAGGGGUAGAUGGAAUUUACAAGAAGCAUCCAUAUCUGAUUCAGUCAGCAAUCGACUAUGAGGUGUGCUCAAGAGCUGAUACAUUUGUAGGCAACAGCUUUUCCACUUUUUCUAGCCUCAUUGUUCUUGAGAGAACACAAAGGGUGAUUAGAAUGGGCAUCACAAGCUCAUGUGGCAUUGAUGUUCGAUGGCCAUCUUAUGCAUAUAAUAUACCAGGGGAAUCAAAUGGUCCGCAGAAGUGGAUGACUAAUAUGUCUGAUUCAAAUCUCAAGGCAAUUAGUUAUGGUUCUAAUGCCAUCUCAUGUUGAAGUUUAUCUAAGUUGUGGCCUGCGGGUGUUAUCAUCACUGCAGGUUCACCAUUUUUAACCCACUUCAUCCUUCAGGUUGCAUAUCAAGAAUAGCAAUAGGAGAGAAUAUCAAGAUACAGUUGAAUACUGAGAUAGGUAGUCUUUUAUCUUUUUACAUUUUCAUAGACUAUAUUUCAUUACGAAGCCAUUGUCCUCUUAGUUCAUGUUUUAAUCAAACUUAAUGAUCUUCACCCUCAACUAAUAGAUAAAA